ACACCGGGAAAAUGACGGUACCAACGGUUAUAACGACUUUUAACGCCCGGGCAGAAUGUAAGCGUUCCUCCUCUUGAGUAGGUCAGUGAGUUCCGGAGUCGGGGAUUGAUGAGGACCCGUUUUUUGUGCGUUUUGUUGGAUUAAAAACGGAGCCCCGCGGGCUGUCCGGAUCAGUCAGGAGUUGGAACAACGGCCAGUUUCCUGUAACAAGCUACUCCUUACAGCUUGUCGACACUUUCUGAUGCUCCCAGGCGGGCAGGUUGUUUUAUUGAUUUAAAAAAAAAAAGAUGUUCCAGAGACGCGAAACGGUUCUAACACCGGAGUGUUUGAAAGGCUGAGCUCUGUUUAGGUCCAAACCGAGUCCCGAGUGUGUUUUCCAUCCACCUGUGCGUUUCAUCCCCGGCUCGUGAACUUUAAAUUGGGAGGAGACAACAAACAUGGCGUUCUUUAAUUUCCGUAAAAUAUUCAAGCUGGGGUCGGAGAAGAAGAAGAAACAGUACGAGCACGUGCGCAGGGACGAAAACCCAGAGGAGGUCUGGGAAAUGAUUGGAGAGCUGGGAGAUGGAGCCUUUGGGAAAGUUUUCAAGGCUCAAAACAAGCAGACGGGCAUCCUCGCUGCUGCCAAAGUUAUCGACACGAAAACCGAAGAGGAGCUGGAGGACUACAUGGUGGAGAUCGACAUCCUGGCCUCCUGCGACCACAAGAACAUCGUCAAACUGCUCGACGCAUUUUACUACGAGAGCAAACUGUGGAUCCUCAUCGAGUUCUGUGCAGGGGGGGCUGUGGAUGCCGUCAUGCUCGAACUGGAGAGACCCCUGACCGAGCCCCAGAUCCGGGUGGUGUGUAAACAGACUCUGCAGGCUCUGGUCUACCUCCACGAAAACAAAAUGAUCCACAGAGACCUGAAGGCCGGCAACAUCCUGCUCACGCUGGACGGAGACGUAAAGCUGGCUGACUUUGGUGUCUCUGCCAAAAACACCAAAACUCUGCAGAGAAGGGACUCUUUCAUCGGAACCCCGUACUGGAUGGCUCCAGAGGUGGUGAUGUGCGAGACGUCCAAGGACCGUCCCUACGACUACAAGGCUGAUAUCUGGUCCCUCGGGGUCACCCUCAUCGAGCUGGCCCAGAUUGAGCCCCCCAACCAUGAGAUGAACCCCAUGAGGGUCCUGCUAAAAAUAGCCAAGUCUGACCCCCCGACCCUGAUGCAGCCAUCACGCUGGUCUCCAGAGUUUAAGGAUUUUCUGAAGCGGUGUCUGGACAAGAACGUGGACAACAGAUGGACCGCAGCUCAGCUCCUUCAGCAUUCGUUUGUGACGACUGUGACCGACAGCAGGCCUCUGAGGGAGCUGAUCGCCGAGGCCAAGGCCGAGGUCACCGAGGAGAUCGAAGAGCACAAAGAGGAGGAGGAGGAGGAGGAGACAGAGGCACAUCUGGGCCACAAGCGAGCCCCGUCAGACGUCAGCGUCGCCAGCUCCGAGGAUGAGAAGAUCCCCCUCUCCCCCUCCAGCCUGGAGGUCGUUCCUGAGAAGCUGGAACCGAUCCGGCUCGCGACCACCCCCACCGAGCUUCCUGUGGCCAACCACGUGGCGGACACCAGUUCUGAGUCAGAGCCUGCUGCAGACGAGGCUCUGAACACUCCGAUUAACGACGAAGAGGCUGAAAUCAAACCACCGGAGGCGGAGGUUGCCUCACCAGAGCCCGAGACUCCGUCCAAAGAGCUGCAGCAGCUGGAGUUAAACGCCGAGGAUGAAAAGGAGGUGGACACAGCUGAGGUCUCUGAGCCUCCUCAGGAGGACAACACGCCCGUCACAGAGGAGCCGAACACUCCACCGGAAGACGGAGAGCCGUACCAACACCUGAAAGUGACUCUGACUCUACCAGAGGACGAUAAAGCUGCCCUGCAGGAGGAGACGGAGGAGAAACCUGCAGAAAAAGACAGAACGAACGUCGACGAGGAAAAGAAAACGAGACACGAGAAGGACAGAGAUUCAGACUCAGGAAGCUGCUCCACUGCAGAUAACAGCAGUGUGGACCUGAACCUGUCCAUCUCCAGCUUUAUGUCCAAAACUAAAGAGCCUGGAUCCGUCUCCGUCCAGGAAAUGAAACGUCAGAAGAAAACGUUGAAAAAGACGCGUAAAUUCAUGGUGGACGGCGUGGAGGUUAGCGUCACGACGUCCAAGAUCAUCACGGACAACGACGCCAAGAACGAGGAGAUGAGGUUCCUCAGGAGGCAGGAGCUGAGGGAGCUGCGCCUCCUGCAGAAGGAGGAACAGCGGGCGCAGCAGCAACUCAGCAACAAGCUGCAGCAGCAGAAGGAGCAGAUCUACCGGCGCUUCGAGCAGGAGACCACGGGUAAGAAGCGUCAGUACGACCAGGAGGUGGAGAACAUGGAGCGGCAGCAGAAACAGACCAUCGAGCGGCUGGAGCAGGAGCACACCAACCGGCUGCGAGACGAGGCCAAGCGCAUCAAAGCCGAGCAGGACAAGGAGCUGUCCAAGUACCAGAACGUGCUGAAGAACCGCAAGAAAGAGGAACAAGAGUUCCUGCAGAAGCAGCAGCAGGAUCUGGACUCUGCUCUGAAGAAGAUCAUCCAGCAGCACAAGCUGGAGCUGGCCACCAUCGAGAGGGACUGUCUGAACCACAAGCAGCAGCUCCUGAGAGCUCGAGAGGCCGCCAUGUGGGAGCUGGAGGAGCGCCACCUGCAGGAGAAACACCAGCUGUUCAAACAGCAGCUGAAGGACCAGUACUUCAUGCAGAGGCAUCAGCUGCUGAAGAGACACGAGAAGGAGAUGGAGCAGAUGCAGCGCUACAAUCAGCGCCUCGUCGAGGAGAUGAAGAACAAGCAGACCCAGGAGAGAGCCAGGCUCCCCAAGAUCCAAAGGAGCGAGGCCAAGACCCGCAUGGCCAUGUUCAAGAAGAGCCUCCGCAUCACAGCGGCCGCCAUCACGCCCGAGCAGGAGAGGGAGCGGGUCAAACAGUUUGCAGCUCAGGAGGAGAAGAGGCAGAAGAACGAGCGGCUCCACCAGCACCAGAAACACGAGAACCACAUGAGAGACCUGCAGCUGCAGUGUGAAGCCAACGUCCGAGAGCUCCAACAGCUGCAGAACGAGAAGUGCCACCUGCUGAUCGAACACGAGACCCAGAAGCUGAAGGAGCUGGAUGAGGAGCACAGCGUGGAGCUGAGGGAGUGGAGGGACAAACUACGACCCAGGAAGAAGGCGCUGGAGGACGAGUUCGCCAGGAAGCUGCAGGAACAGGAAGUGUUCUUCAAGAUGAGCGGCGAGUCAGAGUGCCUUAACCCGACCAACCAGAGCCGCAUCUCCAAGUUCUACCCCAUCCCCAGCGUCCACUCCACCGGGUUCUAACCGGACCCAGUUUACACAGACUGAGACGGGUUCUGCUCGUCUAUUUGAAGGAUUUUCACCGCAGGGACGUCCAACCUGUGUGUGGAUCAAGAGUCCGGUGCCUGGAGAACCAGACGGUUCUGGUUUCUGAGUCCGAGCAGCUGCUGAUCUUUGUGUUCCGCUCAACGUUUCUCCUAAAGAUGGAAGUUCUUCCUGCACUCCGACUCCGUUUGAAGUCAAAAUCAGUCGUUCUCAUUAGUGAACACGACACUUUUACCGCUGGAGCUGAACUGAAGCACUGACGGCCGCCAUCUUGUAAAGAGCUACAUGUGGAAGCUGCACAUCUUUGUGUGCUGUUUGGUCCAAAAACACAGAAAAAAAAAACUUUAUUUUACUGAAAUAAACAGAAAUCCUGCCUGAUGAGAAAACAGGAGACAAACGUUCUGUAACGAGCCUCCCACCGACCCGGCACGGACCAGAACCAAACACAACACGUCAACAGGAGUGCUGCUGCACGACAGAAACGAAGAAAUAAUUUUAUUAGUUUUUAUUUUGACUUGUUUUCCAAGUUAAACUUUUUUUAAUCUACAAAAAUAACAAACAGCAUUAAGGUCAAAUAAAACUUCAGAACAGUUUUAGUCAUUUUACUUUUUGUUAGAACAUUUUGAAAAUGAACAGAUGACUAGACGUGCACAGGCAGACCUCAGCUGGACCUGCAACAAGAGAGUUUAGUGAUCCAGAACCAGGUGAGCACCUCAGGUCUGUCCCACCCGAUUCUGGACUAGAGAAGAACUGAACGCAGCUCUUCUGGGGUUUAUGAAGGAUUUUCUGACGGUCACAUUUUUCCCAGAGAAACGAAAAAGCUGUUUUUUAAAGUGUCCUGAUGCUGCUCAAUAAUCCAGGUAGAAAAAUCUAACGA